AUGCAUAAUACAGCUAAUGAAGAAAGGCAAACUGAGCGAGAAAAUCAGGAGUCACCAGAUGAAGCCACUUUGGAAGAAAUACUGACAAAUGAAAUAAAGAACGCAGGUGAUUUAGAAACAUCUGAGGUAGUAGAGCCUGUGACUGUUUACUCUAAUUCUUUAAAAACUACCAGCAAAGACACAUUGACCAUCAGUGAAGUAACUGCUUCCAUAAGCUCGCCUUCUGAAGAGGAUUCUUCAGAGAUGCCAGAGUUAGCAGAAAAGUCUACAGUAGAGGAAGAGGAGGAAGAUGACUAUGUGGAACUGGAGGUAGAAGGCAGUCCUGCUGAGGUAGCCAGUCUGCCCACAGAUCUCCAGAAUAAUGGCUUGUCUCCAGUGGCUUCUGAAGUCAACGAGAGGUCAGGCAUAUUUAGCAAUAACUGCAAAUUAGUAUUUCAAGAGAAAGAACCUGCUACGACAAAGAAAAGUGAUGCUGAAACUCAGGAUUCUAAAGAUUCUGGGUUCCUGACUGUG